AUGUCGUGAAGAAUAGCAGAAAGGAUUUUUGCAUUCAUAUCGCUGGCCUAUUGUUUGUCUUUGAGUUCACUCUUUGUCGCUAAGCUUUGACCAGACUUAUGAAUGGGUCUACGAACUUUGACCUGAUAUCCACUCCCCUUUCAAUGACUGAUGCGUAACCGAAAAUCAACCACAUUCUUGGGGUCAAUUCGAACCAAUAUAUCGUCCGACCAAAGCAUUUGACCAUGAAGCAAAACCCAUUAUUUCCAUGGUCUUGUUUUUUUUGUCUGCUGUAUAAAUACACUGACACCUGGUCCCAAUGAGUCUACUCAGCUUUCCAACGUUCUCGGUCCGUCGUCUCUACAAAUUGCCCUUCCCAGCUCAAAGGCUGAAUUUUUUCCCAGCUGUCGAUCUCCCAAAGUGAAAACCAACAAUGAAGAAAGAUGUUGAUAAGCCGCCCAAAUAUCUUUACGAUGGCAGGUUCGUCAAUGCAUUCCUAUCAAACGUAUUCCAGAUUAACGAAUCACGAUCGUCUCACAGACACAAUCCUGAAUCGGAACUCAAAGGACCACCGAAACACAUCCCUUUGACCCUUCCUCCUCUACACCAACAACGGAUCAGCGUCCAUCCUCGUCAAGUUACGCUCCCGCCCAUGACUCAGUUCAUGCAGAUGACAUUUGCAGAUCGAUACUACAACGACCCGAAUCAUCUCCCUCCUGCAUUCUCUCUACCAUCAUUGGGUCCGGGUCGUCGAGGUCAAAACUCCGCUGGUGAUAUUGUCUCAUCCGAUUCUGAGGAGGCUAACAUCAUCCCCCAACCGAGGCUACUGCCUCCCAAGUUUCGGCCUGACCACAGGAUUUGGAAUCUCCUCCGAGUGGCAAACUACUACCUCCCUGAUGAUCUGCACUACGCUAUCGUUACUGGGCAGCACCCGCAGGUUAUCUCGGACCUCAUUGUGAAGCUAGAAGCGGAUUAUCGUCAAAGAAAAACACAUCCGUCCAGUUGCUAUGAGCUGACUGUUCUCUGCUCUGAUCCUUUGCAUCCCAUUUGGAACCUGCUGUUAUUGACGGAUUAUGACCUCCCAGAUGAGGUAAGAGAUGCGAUCAAUGAGUGUAGGCCAUUGCCGCAGAUUAGGGAAAUCUGCGAGAGGUUGCUGAGAGUCUGGAUGGAGAAACCGAGGAUGUAAGAUUCCAUACCAGGAAGUGGAGAUUCUAGGAAUAUUCUUCAUCGGUGGCAAGCUAUAUAAUGCAUGUACUUGAAAGAAUAGAUGUGGCCGCUGUUGCCAUGCAAGUUGUGACUGCAAAUGAGAUCCGCUCUUUUCUUCACCUACAUAUUUAGCUUGACUCGUCAUGAGACUAGACUGGGACUGGACAUGUGCAGACCCCAAUCUAUGUCUUAAAUCGAGUAUAUAAACGGAGCCGUAUGAUGAAACGAGACUCUGAACUGA